AUGAAUCCUCUAUUUCUUUCCCCCAGCUAUGGCUUUCUCUUUUUUUCCUCUUCUUUUCUUCUUUGUUUGUUUUUGGUCGCUUCCCGCUUUCUCUCUCUCAAUUUCUCAUUUUCUCUUUGUUCCUUUUUUCUUCUCUCUUUUUUUCGACCUCCAUUUUUUUCUGUCUCUCUCUCUCUCCCUCUCUCUCUCUCUCUCUCUCUCUUGCUCUUUCGCCCUUUCUCCUUUUUCUGUUUCAUUUCCUUUCGCCUUAUAUUCUACACUUUCGCUCUUUCUUUCGUUUUUGCUCUUUUUUUACUUUUCUCUCUCAUCCUUUUUAACUGUCUCUUUUUCCUUUUCUCUCUCUCUUUUCUUUUCUCUCUCUCUUUUCUUUUCUCUCUCUCUCUCUUUUCUUUUCUCUCUCUCUCUCUCUCUUUCUUUCUCUCUCUCUACUUUUAUAUUUUUACCCUCGACCUUUCUCUUUUUCUCCCAUUAUUUCUCUCUGUCACGCACACACACACACUUUCAACUCACUUUCUUUUUUUCUUUCUUUUAUUCUCUCUUUCUAUCUUUCUCCGUCCCUCCUUUUUUUUCUUUCUCUUUCUCUUUCCCCAGCACUCUUUCUUCUCUCUUAUUUUUCUUUUCUCUCUCACCCUCUCUUUCUCUCUCUCACUCACUCUCACCCUCUCUUUCUCUCUCUCGCUCUCUCUUUUUCUCUCUCCCUCUCUCUCUCUAUCUCUCUAUCUCCCUUUCUCUCUUUCUCUUAAGAUCUUGCAUCUUUUCAUUAACUUUUCUCUCUCUUUCUUUCUCUCUCUCUCUCUAUCUCUCUUCCUCUCCCCUCUCUCUCUCUCUUCCUCCCCCCCUCUCUCUCACUCUCUCUCUCUCUCUGAUGCCUUUUUUUUACUCUUUUCGCCAUUUUUCUGA